AAUAUAUGUACUUAAUUUGAGCAGCUCGCCAGACAUGUCUGAGAAGAAUGGACAGACAAAGUCGCUCGAAGCAAAAUUACCCUGGUACUAUAAUGUAUACAACACCAUCAAAGAUACGCCCAUCAAUUUGACGCUAUUGCUCGUCUCGGCGUUCGUUUUCUAUAAGGUAGUGAAUAUAUCACGUCAACGUCGCAAUUUGAAUCGUGUUCGUAAUUUCUUUGGCUACGGAACAGUCAACCAGAAAUCGCAGUUACCACCGCUACGACGUGACUUUACUGUUAAAGAGUUACUCAAAUAUAAUGGCACUCGUGAAGAUGGACGUAUUCUAGUCGCGGUCAAUUACAAUAUAUACGAUGUAUCGUGUGCUAAGCAGGUCUAUGGGCAGACUGGAGCUUAUCCCCAAUGGGCCGGAUGUGAUAUAUCGCGGAAUUUGAUCAACUUUACAGCGGAACGAAAUGAGAUUCAGGAAUUCGAUUAUAUGUGUGACCUAACUGCACAACAAAGAAGCACUUUAGUGGAAUGGGAUCAACAGUAUAGCGAAAAAUAUCCACUUGUUGGCCGUUUGGUGUCCGAUGAUGAAGACGAUGAAGACGAUCGACCCGUAGAUGGUGAACAUGAAGAAGACAGCAAGAAACAAAAUGACCAACAGUUGGGAGCAAUAUAAUGUGUAACUGAUAUUACAAAAAUUUU